AUUUGCCAGCAGCCACGAAGAGCCAUGCGCUGGAUGUACGUCGUGGCGAUCUUGCUAUUGCAGCUCGCACAAGCUCGCCUCAUCGUCGACUGGCCCCACACGCGGUCGCUCGACGAGAAGAAGGCGAUGGCGAUCGCAUUUGUUGAAGACCAGCUCCGGCAGCACGCAGUGCCGGGCUUUGCCCUUUCGGUCGUUUACCAGAACGAGACGGUACUUACCCGCGGCUUUGGGACCAAACAAUACGGCAACGACUCGAACGUCGUGACUGAAAACACGCAGUUUCAGAUUGGGUCGUUCACCAAGACAUUUAUUGCGCUGGGGAUCGCCAAGCUGGUCGAUGAAGGACGCUUGAGCUGGGAUGACCCGGUCAAGCUCCGUCUCCCGUGGUUGGAGCUUGUUGACAAGUACGCGGAGAAGUACGCGACGCUCGGCGACCUCGCAGCCAUGAACUCGGUGUUCGGCGCAUACGAAGGCGAUAUUGCCUUGAACGUGGGCCUGUACUCGGACGAGCAGACGCUUGUGCGGGCGCUGCGCGGCUUCCAAACGACCCGACGCCUCCGUCCUGGCUACGCCUACGCCAACUUGAACUUCGUGAUCCUCGGCCAAGUGAUUGCGCAUGAGACAAAUACGACGUGGGCCCGGUAUCUCGAUGCAACCUUCUUCCAGCCGCUUGGCAUGACCAACACGUUUGCAUCCGUGCCGGACGUGCCAUCAAAUGGCGACCUCUCGUUCGGCCACGUCAUCUGCAACGGCCAAGUGGCUGGACCGUAUCAUUUGCGAUCGUCGCCCGAGAUUGCACUUGGGUACAAGAACGGGCGCGAUGCGUCAGGCUCGAUCAUCUCGACCGCGGCAGACCUCGCGAUCUUCGCCAAGUUUCUCCUCUCGAAAGGCGCGGGUAUCUUUCGCUCGCCCACGACCAUCGAAGCCAUGAUCACGGGCCACACCAUUGCUCCCAAGGCAGCAUCGACCGCCAAAGUAUUGGGCUACUCGUAUGCGCCCGACGGUAGCGCCAUGACCGCUGGCUACGGCUUUGACGUGACAAGCGCCGUCAUGUUUGGCCGUCAUUACUUUGACAAGGGCGGCGACAUGAUUGCGUUCAAAACUCGGAACGGGUUUCUGCCCAAAGAGCAGUUAGGUAUCGUGCUGCUUGCCAACGCCGAGGCCCAAGAUGGUCCGUUCGAAGACGCCGUCUUGUCCGAUCGCAUGCGCACGUACCUCACUGGUAUCUUCCUCGGCAUCCCCGAGCGGACGCUGGCUCGGGGCCUCGAAGAGGCGAUUACAGCCGCAAAGGCGCUGCGUCCACCGACGCCGUGUGCGCCACGCCUCUUUGAUGGCGCGUCGUGGGCCGAGCUGAGCGAUCCGAUCCCGGCUGCCACCCAGAACGCUUUGAUUGGCUCGUACGCGGCGACGAUCUCGACCGAGUAUUAUGGCAACUUGACCAUCUCGCGUGGCCAGAACGGUGCUCUCCAGCUGCAGUAUGGCGCCUACUCGGCGCCGGUCUAUUUUGCACGCAACUCGGCGACGACGCUGUUGUGGGCGCUGGAUGCCAUGUCGACCGGCGGCCUUUCGUUUCCAGUUGACGGUCUCAACACGUCCACGCCAACGCUCCUCGUGGACGGUGGGAUGGUAUUCACGAAACUCUCUUAUUCAUAAGAAGGAUGACAUUCCUUGUAUGGACGUCAUGAUAUGUAUCGCCGCGCCCGAAGAGAGACAUAAUGAAUCUAC